AUGGACGUGCAUCACCAUGGGCUCGAACAUUCUGAUCCUGCGAGACUGGAAAAGCAGAUAGACUCGGACCGGGCAUCGACAGCACCCUCGCUUCGCCAUACCGACGCUCCCUCGGGCGGAAUACACGAGACGAUAUCAAAUGACCGCAAAUUCUUGUCAGAAGACGAGGCACUACAAUAUGCAAGAAGAUACCCAGACAAUGAGCAGCCUGUCUACCUCACCUACUCCUUCGACGACAAGGACAAUCCGCGAAACUGGCCAAAAUGGAAGAAAUGGUACAUCACAUGCUUCGUCAGCAUGCUCAAUGUCCUUACCUGCCUUUGUGCCGGCGGGUACAGCUCGGGCACAGAACAGCUAACAAGCACCUUCAAUGUCUCCUCUGAGGUUGGCACGGUCGGGCUGUCAAUGUACAUUCUAGGCUUCGCAGUGGGACCGCUCAUGCUUGCACCAAUGUCCGAGUACUUUGGUCGCAACCCUGUCUACAUGAUUUCAUGGCUGCUGCUGGUCAUUUUCCAGAUCCCUCUGGCACUGGCGCCCAAUAUAGCCACGGUCAUCGUCUGCCGUCUGCUGCAAGGCUUCUUCGGCAGCGCACCCUUGACUAAUACGGGCGGCACUGUCAGUGACCUGUGGGCAAGGGACGAAUGUGGCCCUGCAAUGGCUAUUUACGGUCUCUCGAGCACCGGAGGCCCACCGCUGGCUUUGGUCAUCAGCGGCUAUAUCGCCCUGAACCUGGGUUGGAGGUGGCUGUUCUGGGUCUACAUGGCAAUUCUCGGCGGCUUCUGGGUCCUUCUCGUUAUCACAAUUCCCGAAACACGCCACAAAAUUAUCCUCGACAAAAAGACCAAACGUCUUCGCAAGCUCCUGCAGUCUGAAGGCCUUGCUGCCGCUAAAACCAUAAGAGAUGCGAAUUCCGACGAAAAGAAGGGGCUGAGCACGCUGUUUGCCGUCACACUCACCCGGCCUUUCAGGUUCUUGUUUACUGAACCAAUCACAAUGGCGGCCGCGAUCUACAACGGCUUUAUCUACGGAAUCGUCUACCUCUUCAACGAAGCCUUUCCCUUAGUAUUCGGGCCUGGCGGUCACGACUUCAACACAGGCGAGUGGGGCGCAGCUUUCGUCGGCCUAUUGAUCGGCAGCAUUGUCGCCGCGGCGCUGCACCCAUUUCAAGAACGUUAUUACCUGCGACAAGUCGCUCGCAACGACGGCAAAGGUGUACCAGAGGCCAGGAUGCAUCUCGCUCGCUUCGGGACCUUCUUGUUGCCCAUCUCGCUGUUCUGGUUCGCUUGGACGAGCUUCCCUAGCGUGCACUGGGUCGUCCCAAUAAUCGCUAGCGCGCUCUUUGGGGCUGGCAUAUACAUCAUCAUCCUGGCUGUGCUCAAUUAUGUGGUGGACUCGUACCAGGGGUACUCAGCAUCUGCGCUUGCUGGAGUCAUUCUGAUAAGGAACCUGGUCGGAGCUGGCUUUCCCCUGUUCGGAGCGCAGAUGUAUGAGUAUCUAGGCUUGGAGUGGGCGAGCAGCUUGCUUGCGUUCUUGAGUCUGCCUCUGUGUGCGAUUCCAUUUAUGUUCUUCUAUAAAGGAGAAUAUUUGCGGCUCAAGAGUCCAUGGGCCAGAGAGCAUUUUGCGCAGGAUGAGGACAAGCCUCAUUGA